AUGAUUCAGCACUUGAUAUUGCUAUGCAUGAUAGUCAACUAUGAUAGUGAAGUGGUGUCUGGCCUUGAUUUGGAAAUUUUAGUCAUAUAUAAUUCUGAUGCAUGUCUCAAUCAGGUAAUGCAAACAGAUGGAGGAGUUUCGCUGACAAUAGACGAACACAAAAGGGUAGCUGAAGUGGCUCAAGAAUUGCAAGAAUUCUGUGUUGAUGAACCUGUAAAAUGCCCUCUAAUAUUCGGAGAGUGGGAUGUUGUUUAUUGUUCGGUGCCUACAUCACCUGGAGGUGGCUACAGGAGUGCAUUCGGCCGCCUUUUCUUCAGAACCAAGGAAAUGAUUCAGGUCAUUGAAGCUCCUGACAUAGUGCUAAACAAGGUGUCCUUUUCUGCCUUGGGGUUCCUUGAUGGAGAGGUCUCUUUGAAAGGAAAGCUGAAGGCUUUGGAUGAAAAAUGGAUUCAAGUGGUGUUUGAGCCGCCUGAACUUAAGGUCGGAGCACUAGAGUUCAAGUAUGGUGGUGAGAGUGAGGUUAAGCUGGAGAUCACAUACAUAGAUGAAAAGAUCAGGUUAGGGAAGGGCUCAAGAGGUUCUCUAUUUGUUUUCCAAAGACGCAAAACAACUUCCUGA